CUCUUGUCUGUCUCUCUUUCUCUUUUUACCCUCUAUCCCUCUCUCUCAGGCGUACGAAAGGAGGUUCCCCACGUGCCAUCUCAUCCCCAUGUUUGUGGACAGUGAUGUCCUCAAUGAGGAAACAAGUGAAGAUAACUCCACCCACAAAAUCGAGAGGCGGUGCAAGCUGGAUGUCGACGCCCCCCGACUCCUAAAAAGGAUCGCAGGCGUGGACUACGUUUACUUCAUCCAGAAGAACACGCUGAACCACAAAGAGAGGACGCUGCACAUCGAGUCCCACAACGAGACCUUCUCCAACCGCGUCAUCAUCCACGAGCUCUGCUGCUACUCGGUUCACCCCGAGAAUGAAGACUGGACGUGUUUUGAGCAGUCUGCCAGCCUGGACAUCAAAUCCUUCUUCGGUUUCGAGAGCACAGUGGAGAAAAUUGCCAUGAAGCAGUACGCCAACAGCAUCAAAAAGGGUAAAGAGAUCAUCGAGUACUACCUGAGAGAGCUAGAGGAGGAGGGUAUUACCCAUGUCCCCCGCUGGAGCCCCAACACAUCCUUCGUUCAGCCCAUCGUCGCAGUCACGCCCCCGGAUCCUCCCACUACGGCCCCUAUUGCCAUCACUGCCCCCGCCGAAAGCACCAAAGACGUAGCGCCAUGUAAAGACAACAGCGUUCCAGUAGACAGUGCCAACGAGGCGCUCGCUGCCACGCCCGAUGAUAAACUGGACGCUGACUACAUCAAUCGUUACCUGGGUGACCUUACACCUCUGCAGGAAAGCUGCCUGAUUCGCCUCCGCAGCUGGCUGCAGGAAACACACAAGGGCAAGAUCCCAAAGGACCAGCACAUCCUGCGCUUCCUGCGAGCACGAGACUUCAACAUGGACAAAGCACGAGAGAUCCUGUGCCAGUCUCUCACCUGGAGGAAGCAGCACCAGGUGGAUUACUUGCUGGACACCUGGAGCUCACCACAGGUCCUCCAUGAUUACUACACCGGGGGCUGGCAUCAUCACGACCGCGAUGGCCGUCCUCUCUAUAUCUUGCGUCUGGGACAGAUGGACACUAAAGGUCUGGUUCGAGCUCUGGGGGAGGAGUCACUGCUCAGACAUGUUUUGUCUAUAAAUGAAGAGGGUUUGAGGAGAUGUGAAGAGAACACCAAGGUCUUUGGACGUCCAAUCAGCUGUUGGACAUGUCUGGUGGACCUGGAGGGUUUGAACAUGAGACAUUUGUGGCGUCCAGGCGUUAAAGCUCUGCUGCGUAUCAUCGAGGUGGUGGAGGCAAAUUACCCAGAAACCCUCGGGCGCCUGCUCAUCCUACGUGCACCUCGGGUCUUCCCUGUGCUCUGGACUCUGGUGAGUCCGUUCAUUGACGAGAACACACGUAAGAAGUUCCUGAUCUAUGCCGGGAACGAUUACCAGGGUCCUGGCGGUCUGGUGGAUUACAUUGACAAGGAGGUCAUCCCCGACUUCUUGGGUGGGGAGUGUAUGUGCGAGGUUCCAGAGGGUGGCCUGGUUCCCAAAUCUCUGUACAGAACCCCCGAGGAACUGGAGAACGACGACAUCAAACUGUGGACCGAAACCAUCUACCAGAGCGCCAGCGUCUUCAAAGGAGCUCCACACGAGCUGCUGAUCGAGAUUAUCGACGCCUCCUCCGUGAUCACCUGGGACUUCGACGUGUGUAAAGGAGACGUGGUCUUCAACAUCUACCACUCCAAGCGGGCUCCUCAGCCACCCAAGAAAGAGGCGCUGGCGUCUCACGGCAUCACGUCGCCUGGGGGAAAUAAUGUGCAGCUCAUCGAUAAGUCGUGGCAGCUGGGGCAGGACUACAGCAUGGUGGAGUCUCCGCUCACGUGUAAAGAGGGAGAGAGCGUACAGGGUUCUCACGUGACUCGAUGGCCCGGGUUCUACAUCCUGCAGUGGAGGUUCCACUCCAUGCCUGCGUGUGCCGCCACCAACCUGCCACGUGUGGACGACGUAUUGGCUACGCUGCAGGUUUCCUCCCACAAGUGUAAAGUCAUGUACUACACCGAAGUCCUGGGCUCAGAGGACUUCAGAACGGCUUGCUGCGAUGUGCAGAGUUUGGGUUCGAUGACGAGUCUGGAGUCGAGUCACAGCGGUUUUUCUCAGCUCAGCGCCGCCACUACGUCCUCCAGCCAAUCACAGUCCAGCUCCAUGAUCUCCAGGUAGAGCCAGGAGAGGGCACAAGAGGAAGGAAGGGCGGGGCAAUACAGAAGAUGUGGGGUAGGGGGGGCACAAGAUGGAGGAUGCGACACACACAAGAUAGCAGACAAAAAAGAAUAAACACACGUGUUUGAGAAGAGCGCCGUGGUGUUAAAGGGCUUUGAUACGUGUUGCCAUGGCGCUCGCUGAGCUGCCGGUCAGUUCACCAGACACUUCCUGUUUCCUCUUUUUUUUUUUUUUUUUUUUUUUUGUCUCUGUCUGACCCAGCAAUACUCGUACUGUCCGAUCUGGGGGAAAAAAAACAUGACGAGCUGUUACACACACACACACACACACACACACACACACACACACACACACACACAAAGUGCACAGGAAUACUGUAUACAUAUGUGUUUUUCGUUUUUUUUGUUUGUUUAUGCCAUAUCGCUGAUGUUUGCAGCAUUUAUAGGUCAAAGGUCGGUUUGUAAGUGUGGCAAAGCGUCCACAAAGCAAUAAACAUUUCUAUUCGUAUUUAUGACGAGAGUGUAACGUGUUUCGGCGGUGUUUAUGGGUGCUCUCUGCUCCAUUAGCUGUUAGCUUGCGCUAUAUAUAUAUAUAUAUUCUCCUUUUUUUUUUUUUACCUGAAACUUUCUUCAAAAUGCCUUCGUCCAAUUUGUUGUGAACGAUCCGUUCCUAUGCAGUGAAAAAGAAAAGCCUAAAACACACAGCGAGGGCUACUUUUUAUGUUUUCUAGGUGAAAAGAGUAAAUUGGGGGUUUGUAUCGGACGCGUUUUUUUCGGAAACACAACCUUUUUGCAUGUUAGCGUUAGAAUUAGCUAGGCUAAAGUUAGCAAGACUUAGAAAACACAAAUUACUGAGAUUUUUAGCAUGAAAAGCGUCAAAACAUCGAAUGAGUAGUGCAAAAGAUUUCUUAAAAACCGUAUCAGACGUCAAACAUGCCGUAGAUGAUUAUUAUUAUUAUUAUUAUUAGGUGAAACAGCUAACACACAGAACAGCGAAUGAACUGCUUUAUUAGCUUCGUCCUGUUUUCUUUUACUGCCAUAAUAAACUUGCGAUGUAUUUUCCUGCCUAGAUAUCCUCGAAUGAACUCAUGCUAGCUAGCUAACUGUAAUGCUCACUAGCUAGCUGAUUAGCGUUACACACGUACAGGGCAUUACAUUUAAUCAUUUUAAUAUGACAGAUGUAUUUUGGGUUUUUUGUUUUCGUUACUAAUAGGUCAUGCUGUUACAAGUGGCACUUUUUCAGGUCAGUUUGUUUCGAUAUAUAUAUUUUCGAAGCGUACGUUUGAGAAUAUCAAAAUUGUAAAUGUUUUACCGCGUGGGAUCGGGGUGGGGUGGGGGCGGGGUGUAUGUGUGUAUAUUAUUACUAUUAUUGAUAUUAAUAUUGUUUAACUCCUCUCCAUUUUGUGAACAAGGUCAUGUCGGUUAGCUUAACGUUUACUUUACCUGUGCAGGUAAACGAUGAGGUCUGGGGCUAAACCGAGGCGGCGAUAAACGGCUUGUAGAAAGUUAAGGGCUGUGUCCCAAAUCCAGAGUGUUCAAACAUGAAUGUGGUUAUGUUCAAGAGUGGGUGCUGGUUGGUUGAGGGGAGGGGGAAGGGGCUGUUUGAGAUUUUCUUUUAACCAGAAUGUAAAAGUACACACAGGGAGAGAAGUGAAAAUGUGAAGAUAAAGAAAAAUCAUGGCUGUGUCUCAAAUCACAACCUAAAAGGCCGUUUCUAUUCUCAUAUGAGCGUUCCAAAUCAAAACUGGAAAUGUGAUGGAGUGUCAUGUAGUGCGUUUUCCACCAGAUAUCAGUCACUUCAGUGCUUUUUAAUGGAGUAAUAAAGUGAUAUUAGGGAUUUAAAUCACUCUCUUGGCUGUGUUCCAAAUCAGACCCGCAGCGCUGAUUAGACUCGAAAGAGAACAGAAAAAGCGAUGUUUACUUUAGACUGCAUUCCAAAUUAAAAACUGGAAAAAGCAAGGCGUGUGAAGUUCUAGUGUGUACUUGAUGGUGAGGAUUGUGAUGAUUAGGCUUUAAAAUGUUUCAGAGAUAGUGAUCUAUUUUUACACGUGAUGUGUCAUAAAUCGUGAGAUGCCAUCAGAAAGUCGGAGGCGUGGAGGAGACGAAGUCGCCACAUUUCUGAAUCUUUUGUUGGUUUGCUCUCAUUUGUCACUGCCGACGCAGCCGUUGUUUCCUCAGCAGUUUACUCGGGCGCGACUCGAUGCGCCGUGAUGGCCGAGCGGACAAACGGGACCGCGGUGGUGUAUGUCAGAUUGUGGCUCCGCCCCUUUUUAUUACAGCUCCACACGAUACACGAUUGACGAUCGAUACGAUUUACAAAUUCUUCACGCUAGCUCGGCGACUAACGGUUUGCCGCAGACAGCGUAGCGUGCCUUUACCUCGUUCGAAACGUUUAAAGAUAAAAGAUUCCACGGCUCCACCCACUUUUUAAUAAACAAUCAGGGAACCUGGAAUUAAAUGCGUUGUCACGUCCUGCGCCUUUUCAGCAAAUAAAAAUUUUCCCUCGGUUUUUAGUUGCAUCAGGUCAGGAGGGAAAAUCAUAGCUGCUACGGAUUAACUGCGAGCGUCGCAUUUGUGGGCGUGGUCUUUUAGUGAUUGAUAGAACAUACUGCCUGGAUGUUCAUUUUGUAAAGAGUUUUAAUAAAAUAUUGGUUUCUUGUGUAAACGUGAGGACAGAUUGCAGCGACGGUUUUACGCAGAUUGACGGUUUUCCGGAGGCAGGACCUGUUUCCAAAUCUGAACACAGAUCACAUGGUGCUUUUUUUUUUUUUCUUUUCUUCCCGCCCCUUUUAAACCGCCCAAUCAGAGCGUCAGAUUGAAAUUUGGCAACGCAUUACUGCGAUCCUAGACUACGAUCGGCUCUUUUUGGAACAGCUUUAUCUUUCAUUUCAUAUUUUCUGAUCGAUUCCCGUCGUCUCUCACUGUUAACACUGAACCUCACGGGUUCCAUGUUUCCGCUCAAUCGUGCGAUCUGAUUGGUCAGGAACGGAGGAAGAAAAUCUACUCAUGUCCGUCGAAAAGAAACGUGUAUAUAAUAAAUAAUAUAAAUAUAAACCUUUACAUCUUUGUUUUUAUUUAAUUUUUUUCCAAUGAUUUCUGUCUCUCUCUCACUGAUGCCGGUCUCCUCCGACCUGAACACUGCAUAUCUUUCUCUGAUGAAAUGAUGACUGUCUGUGCAAAGAAGGAAAAAAAUACUUUUUGAGAUUAAUAUACAAAAGUGACUUUGUUUUCUCUGGAAAUUAUUAAACUUGAAAUAAAACAUUAAAGUCUA